AUGAUCUCAUCAUUUGAACAAGAGGAAAAUAUUGGUGAUUCAAGUAAAAAUGUGGAUGUUGACUUUUUGAGAUCUUCCUACGAAUCCAGGCAAGGACUUACAUUUCAUGGUCAUGAUGAAUCCUAUGAUUCAAGCAACCAAGGGAAUUUUCUCGAGCUUCUACAAUUCCUUGCUAAUCAUAAUGAAGAUUACAAUGCUGUUGCUUUCAAGAAUGCUCCUGAUAAUCUCAAAUUGACAUCACCUAAGAUUCAAAAAGACAUUGUAAGUGCUGCUUCAAAUGAAACCGUAAGUGCUAUCAUUAGAGAUUUAGGAGAUUCAUUAUUCUCUAUAAUGAUUGAUGAAUCUCGUGAUAUCUCUAGGAAGGAACAAAUGACUAUUGUCUUAUGUUAUGUUAACAAGAAUGGACUUGUUGUGGAGCUUUUUCUAGGUGUUGAACACGUUACUUGUACCACAACUCUCUCACUCAAGGCAACACUAUAUAAUUUCUUUUCAAGGCAUAGGUUGAGUUUUUCUAGACUGCGAGGACAAGGUUAUGAUGGAGCUAGUAAUAUGCAAGGAGAAUUUAAUGGUUUGAAGACAUUGGUUUUGAAAGAGAAUAGAUGUGCUUAUUAUAUUCAUUGUUUUGCCCAUCAACUCCAACUGGCUUUUGUGGCUUUGGCAAAGAACCAUGAUGAUGUUAAUGAUCUUUUUAAUAUUGUGGUGAUUGUGGUUAAUAUUGUCAAUGUUUCGUCAAAGCAUUGCAAUCUUCUUAGAGAUAAGCAAGCUUGUAAAGUUAUUGAAACUCUUUCUAAUGGUGAACUUUCAAGUGGAAAAGGUCUCAAUCAAGAGAUUAAUAUGCAACGUGCUAGUGAUACGCGUUGGGGCUCGCAUUAUGGUACGUUAAUGAGCAUAAUCUUGAUGUUUCCAUCCAUUAUCGAUGUUCUUGAAAUUGUGGCAAAAGAUAGGUCAAACUCUAAGCAAAGAUUUCAUGCAAAAAACAUAUUUAAAUUGAUGCAAUCAUUUGACUUUGUUUUUAGUUGUUAG